AUGGGGAUCCUCACGCAGUUGCUGUGGAGCACCACGGAGUGGUUCCUCGAGACACCACCUCCACCUCCCCGGGUGUCUCCCACACCUACACUGCCACUUAGGAGAUUCCCUCCUAAGCUGGUUGUGCUCCACUGUCUCCUCACCCCUUCCAGUGGAGGGUCGUUGUCACAGGUUUCCGGUCAGGCCAGCGUGGCUCAGCAGCAGAAGGAGGAGUCCUUCCUUCCACUGAAUCCAAAGUGGUUCGGUGGCAUGGCUCUUCGUGCCAUGGAGGAAGUGUCUCCUUCUCACCUGUGUGGUGUGGUGGACUGCAGGUCUCCUCCAGCGCGCAAGAAGGUGGCCUCCUCAGCAGCAGCCAGGCGUCGCAGGACCAGGGAGAGACGCCCCCACAGCCGCCAGUCUCCAGUGAACAAUCUGGUUGGAUUACCUCCAACCAGGGUGUCACGGGGACUGGAGGACGACGCCCCCUCCAGCCCGGUUCCUCUGGUGAGACGGUCCAGGACCACGGACGGACAACCCCCCACCCAAACCCCCCACACCCAAACUUCAGUGACCAACACCGUCAGGACACCAUUUCCCUCAUCAACCAGCUGGCCCUGGAUCGUCGAUGACGGACUCACCACCUCUUGA